AUACACCAGUAUCUCCGCUUGCACAAUGCCCUGAUUCAUUGCACCGUAAUGCUGCAGCUCCUUUAUGGCUGCUUUCAACCAUAGAAGCUCCAUCAGCAGAGCCUGAAGUCCAGCACAUGCUAUCAGACGUCAGAGGGGCACAAAUGGAAGCAAUGCUAGGAGACACUGAUAGUGAGUCAAGGCUAAAGUGAUAUAAUGUAGUGGGGGAAGGGAAGGGUCUUAAAGAGGGAGAGAAAAAAGGAGGCAGACUCAAUGAGGGAGGUAGGGAAAAUAAAGCUGACUGAACAAUGAGGCAGAGCUGCAUGGGAGAGGAAAAGAGGACAGUUUGAGAUAGUUGCUGGAAAAAAGGCAGGUACAGUCACAUCCUGCUAGGCAUUCAAAAACAUGAAGGAGGGGGAGGUCUAAAUGAGUCUAUUUAUGGAAAAAGAUCUCACAAUAUUAUAGUUAAAGGUUUGCUUUGGAUUAGUUUUCCCAACUGACUUGCACGGCUUUGGUUGUGUGUCUAUGUGCAUGCAUGCCCUCUUGUUUGUGUGUGGGUGAAUGCCUGCCAGGUUUUCAUAGUGGAUGCAUGUGUCAUGUUUUUUUUACUGCACUUUUCCCGAGAUUAACUCUUCACCUUUUACGGUUGGGAGGAAGGUGGUAUUGUCAGUCAGCUUGAGAAGGAGGAGGAGUCGACUGAGGAGAGAGUCCGGGAGGAAGGCGCUAAAGGAAAAGGAGUGGCCUUCUGCCGAUAAUCGCCCUCUCUAGCUGAGCAAAGCCUUCUCUCAGUGGCAGCUUACAGUAAGGAAAACACAGCAGAAGUUUUGAGAUACGGCGCAGGACGGCAGAAAGAGCAAAAGACUGAGCUGUCUUCAAACCACAUUUUCUCACAGGUUGCAUGUGGGAUUCAUAAAGCCAUGGCAUCAGCAGCUCUACCAAAAAGGGUGGUGUCCUCAGUCUUCAUCACUCUGGCUGCCCCUCAUCGAGCCACAGUGACACAGCAGCCCGUCCUCCAGGCUCACGGUGGUGCCGUCAGAGACCAGCCGCACACUGCUGUGCGAGUUAGCCCCAGUGGCCCCCACGCCGUCAGACCCAAGGGGGAGGACCACCAGCAGGCCGAGGGUUACGGCAGGGGAGACAGCAGAGACCCACCCGUCUGUACGGGGGCCGCGGCCAGAACGUCAGACUCUCGGAGACCCAAACCUGCCCAGACCGGACCCAGCAGAGGAAAGCUGCAAGGAGACGACAGAGGCGCUGAAGAUGUCUUCUCUGCUCCUCUUCCUCCUCCUCCUGCUGCUGCUGCUGCACAGUCUUCAUCUCAGGGAACAUUGCUCUCUAAAGAAUCAGCUCUUCCACCACCUCCUCCGGCCCAGAAGCCUCUCUCCCCCCCCCUGACCCAAAGACGGCCGCCAGUUUACGACAAAGAGGUGGAAACAAGCACACCAUCUAGUGGGUUAAAGCAAGAUGAACAAUCCCACCGGAUCCAUAAAAAUGGCCAAGACACGAGCAGGGAGAGUAGAGAGGUGUGUGGCUUCUGUCGGAAACCUGUGGCUCCUUCUGAACCUGUGAUCGAGGCCUUAAACAGGACGUACCAUGACGGUUGUUUCCAGUGUCGAUCCUGUCACCUUCCCCUGGCCGGUAAACAGUACUACAACAAGGCGGGCAUCCCACUGUGUGACGACUGCUACCAGGCGAGCCUGGAACUUUGCUGGGCGUGUGGGGAGGUCAUCACAGACCAUGUGAUCCGUGCACUGGAGCGGGCAUACCACCUCUCUUGUUUCACCUGUGCAACCUGUAAGCAGCAAAUUGGGGAUAAGGCUUUUGCUCAGGGAGAAGUUGGAGAAGUUUAUUGCCUCCAUGACUAUUACAGGAAGUAUGCUCCCAAGUGUAACGCCUGCCAACAGCUUAUCAUUCCAAAAGAAGAUGGUACUGACAGCUAUAAUGUCGAAUGCCUGGGACACUCGUACCACGAGAACUGCUACAGGUGUGAGAUCUGUGUUAUCCAGCUUUCCCCUGAACCAAAUGAACAUGGCUGCUAUCCUUUAGAGGGGAAGCUGCUUUGCAAAUCUUGCCAUCUGAGUUUGGUUUCUGGGCAGCACUGACAGUGACCUUACAUCCCGAGAUCCACACUCAAAGAGAUGGGAGACUUUGCAUGGGCAAUGUGACUCUAGAAUAACAAUCUUCUUCCAAUACAACAAUAAUGGCAUAUGGCUUGUUCUUUUCAUUUUUUAAAACAAUAUAUCAUGCUCAUUUUAUUCUUUUAUACUUGAUCAUUUUGCACUCAAUAAACAACCAAAUGCACCAAAUAUAUUUAUUCAAAAAACAUUGUGAAAAUGUAUGGCGAGCAUUAUUUGUAUUCUUGUAAUCUCAAACAGUAAACUGUUUCUCAAUCACAUUAACCAUUUAUAUAGAAAUAAACAUUUAUAAAAGUAAACUAAUAUAUUGUAUCUUGAGGUAACAUACCUGUUGUUAAAUUACACAAACACUAUCAAUAUAUGUAUGAAAAAGUUGACUACAGAUUUAUAAAUAAUGUGUAACAGUAAUAAUGACUAUGAUGGUACUUCAAAAAGCACUCAUUAUGAACCAAAAUUAGAGGCUUCUUUAGAUGUGAACACAUAGAGAUCUUCAGUGGAACAGGGGCCUAUAUUGACUAUUUUUGCCUCAACAAUAGAACAAUUCACAAUGAUUUGACAUUAAAACAUUGAAGUCUGA